UAUAACCCCGCCAGGCGGACGCGUCAGACGGCUCGCGCUUAGUUCAGUUCGCGUCUCCGUCAGCGCAAAGUCACACGUGUGUUCGUUGCAUCUAUAUAAAGUGUGUUUAACUUGUGACAAACUUAGUGCACUCUUCACAAAGUGGGCCAAAUUAUCCUGGAUUAACUGCAGUGUUCAGUGACGUACAAUGAUUGUAGUGAAGUGUUGAAUAUUGUUUCUGUAAACGAUUCUGGAACUUCGUGCCGAUGGUGCUUUUAAAUACUAACAUGAAAAUAAAUGGUCCCUGCUAAUAACUGACAAUGACAAUAGACAGAGCUGGUCUACCGCCUGCUCCCAGGCGAGCAUCCUCCACGUACAGGAGCUACGAUGAACUCGGGAUCAUUGACCGGGCAAAACCACUCCGCUACCGACACGGAGGAGUCGAAGACUUAAGUGUGCCUCUAGAACAUUCUAGAAUCUACAGAACGUACGAACAACAAAACUUGGACGACAUAACUGUGAUCAGUUCUGAAGAAGUUCCAAAACCAAAACGGAAAACAAUUGAAGGUCUAGCGAACGGAUUCCGGAGAACUUUUUCGGUGAGAAGCCGAAGGGAACCUGAAGGGAUUCCAUUAGAAACGUUCAGUGUCACUGAGGAUAGUUAUGCGACGGUCAGGGGGGCUCCGUUUGGAAGGCGUAGGUCCCUGUCGAGGGACAGAGGCUCAUCGUUUAUGGCGAGGAGUUCAUCGGAGGGGGACGUGAGACUGGUGCCCCCCCGCGCCCCGCCAGCUGCGCCCGCGCCGCGUCUCCAUCGCUGCCUGCGCGCUCUCGGCGGCAGCUGGAAGAACCUUCUCCUAUUGGGCGGAAUGUCUCGCGGAGGCAGUGGCGCGGGUAAGACCGCCACGGCCAAGCGCGUGCCUCCGCCCGCCGUGCCCGGAGACGCCUUCGGGACUCCGCAACAUCGCCACUCAGGCUCCAGCUUCGGGUCUCAGGGCUACGCUUCAUGCGAGGAGCAGCCUUACCCCCAACCUCCGGAUACGCCCUCGCAUACGAGAGAUGACCAUUCAGACUACGGCAGCACGGUCUCCGGGGUUUCCGGAGUAUCCGGAGCGAGUGGCAGCCUGGGCAAGAGCCCUGCAGGAGGGGGUACCUUCACCUUCCCCCCUCCUUCGCAGCCGCUCACCCAUAAAGCAGCCGUCUACUACCACCACCAGCUAGCUCUUAGCGAUGACCAGGGGAUUGAUAUGACACAGAGUCCCGGCCGCGACAGUCCCGGCUCCUCCUCAGGGUCAGCCGGCUCAGGGUCCAGACAUUCAUCAGCGUCUCUGGACAGUGGACGAGCGUCCGGCCGCAUGCCCCACCAUCAUCACGCUGCCUGCCACUGUGGGGACACCGUUGAUAGAGUUCGUGCUAUGAUCGCGCAAGGGUUGCCGGAUCCUGACAUAAUCCACGCUUGGCUAGCAGACCUUCAAAUGGAGGAAUACGCGCGACUUUUCAUAGAAGCUGGGUACGACCUGCCUACAGUGACAAGAAUGACGCCCGAGGACCUUACAGCCGUGGGGAUAAAGAAACCCAACCACAGGAAGCGGUUAAAGGCUGAGCUUGCCAAUCUUAAUGUGCCUGACAAUCUGCCUGAUUAUAUACCGGGUUCACUAGAAGAAUGGCUGCGGUUGCUUCGGUUGGAGGAGUACGGCCCAGCACUAGUUGCACAGGGGUACCGCACAGUUCAUGACGUCACGCAGUUAGCUUGGGAGGAUUUAGAAGAUAUGGGCAUUGUUCGUUUGGGACAUCAGAAGAAAAUCCUCCUAGCCAUAAAGCGAGUAAAGGAUAUCAGGGCAGGGAAGAGGAGCAUCAGCAACCAGGGUUCCUUGGACUUCACCAGGAUACAACCAGGCCAGGAUUUAUAUCCGAGGGAGCUACAUUACCAGCCUUGGGAGAGGCAUACGACGAGUUACCAAAAACCCCCUGAUCUAAACUUUGACGCCCUGCAAACGCCUCUAUGUGGCACACAUUUGGUCCCCAUCCAGAUCCGUCACCCGCGCGGCAAAUCGCUGGAGAGUCUAGAAGACCCUUCUGAAAGAUCAUCGCACACGACCUUUUCUCCGGACGCUGGGUUCUACUAUGGUGCCGGGCAGUGGAGGCGCUCGUACGACGACGGAGACAUAACACCUACGAACGAUAGCUCUUAUGAAGGCGGUGGUACACUGCCGCGUCCUAGAGGACUGGUCCGUCCACGGCCAGUCGCGAAGAUACAAGCAACGCCGGCGUAUAGAGACAAAUCCCCAGAUUACACGUACGACGAGAUCGCAUACUCGGCGAGGUUGCAGCGUGUGGCGUACGGGGCCAGUCCGCAUGUGGCGAGGAAACCACCACCUGAUCCACCGAAGAGACAGAGCUCUCAAUACGCGCCGUUUAGUAGAUUCGGCCAGACAACUGUAGAGAUACAUCCAGAGAAGAGUCUUCCCCUGAGUCUGCCUGCGUACCCGAGCUCGGAUUCUUUGAGCGUGUCUCUGGACAGUACAGGGCUGCUUCCGCCGCCGCCCGCGCCUUCGUCCCCGCCACGGAGAUAUGAGGAGGAUAAGCUGAGAACUGGAUCCGAUGCCAGUUUUAAGUCGAGUUCGAGCACAGAAUCGGAUAGCAUCCCGUUCGCGAACGAAAACGCUGGGACAAUAAAACAAAAUCGGAGCCAGAUCGGCGGUCGGCCGCACACAGUCGACUACGGACGAACUGGAAUCGGACUGGCCAACCUCCCGCCGAGGAGCACAGACAUCAAGCCUACCACCCCGCACUCGCUCCCGGAACAUAAGGACGAGAAAAGCACCGAGCCAGUCGACGUCCUCAACGACAUAGGAAACAUGCUGGCCAACCUAACGGACGAACUAGACGCCAUGUUGGAAGAAGAAAAACGCCAAGGCCUGGCCGAUUCCUAAAACAUAAGAAGAGUUAGAGUAGAUAAAUUAAAUUGACUGUCACCUGUGCUGUAACUCGAAUACUUAAAGGUGUAAAACAUAAAUUCCAAAGAGUCGAUACGUCUUUUCAUCGGCAAUUUUCGAUUCGAAUUCCAACAAAUAAGCGAUGUAUCUUCCAACAUUUUUGAUGUUAUUGGUUAAAUAAUUAUGUACCUAUUUAAAAAACAAGGCAUUUAUUUUGCGAGAUUGAAUAUGCUAUUAAUUCAUAAAAGGCAGCUUUAUACUUUUAAAUAUGUUUCAACUACAGCUGUGGAAGGAAAAAAUAGUGCUCUUUUCGCCUGUCGCCAUUAUAAUGCUAAGCAGAGAAAAGGCAAGCAAAUUUAUAUACAUUUAUACACACCUACUAUAAAUAAGUACUACAAUAACUGGUAGCUUCCUGUACUGUUUAGUAUAGCAUUUGUACUAAAGUAGUACAUUUUUAUACAAACUUCCAAUAACUAUCACUUUGUAUAAAGUUUCAUGAGCUGUGUGUUUUCGUUGUUCUAUUUAUAUAUACUAAUAUUUAAUACUUAGUUCCUCGUUUAACAUUAAAAUUGUGUUUUCAUAUAUCAUUGGGGUAAAAUAACUAGAUUUAGUCUCAUCCAAAAACAGAUGAAAAUGGCUAUUUUUGUAAAUAUCGUUUUACUUAAAUUAUGUCAUAGAUAAAAAAAUAUAAUCCGGUAGCUAGUUUUCCAUGUACAAUAAAAUUGUAGAGUACUCGAUGUAGAAUGGAUAGGUAGAAUUUAUACAAAAGUAGUUUUAGUAAUAGUGUGACAAUUUAGGGAUUAAUGUGUAUCAUAGAAUUUCAUAUGAAUAGUGAUAGACCUCAUAGAAAUGUAUGUUAACGUUAUUGUAUUGCAUUGAAGAGAUGACCUGGCCAGGCUAACGCUACCCGACAUUGAAAAAAAAAAACGCUUCACACUACCUUUUGAAGUUGCUUCAGCUUAAGCUACACUUCAGCUUGCCACGAAAAUAACAAAUAUCGUGAAUUUUGAUAAAUUUCUACCUUUUAUAACAUUACACGUCAACUCAUAAACCCUAAAUUUAAUGUAAGGACAACCAAAAAUUACGAUCUCCUAUACGAUUUACCUAAAUGAUGUUCAAAUACAACGUGAUUGCUAGUGGCCAUAAUUAUUCCUAUGCUACUCUUUAUUCCACUAUUAAAAAAUCUUCAAAUAUCUCUCUUAUUUUAUAUUCAAUACACUUUGUUUUUGUAUCAAACCGUUACUUAUACUUACCUAUCAACACCAACCAAUUGUCUUCGGAAUUACUUCAAUAAGCGACCUUAUCUUUAAUGAAAAUAUGAAUUUAAAUUGCGAGUAACAUGUAUUUUUUCCAGUCAUUAAUUAAUGUGUUUAUGUCCAUAACGUAUAAUAAAUUCUAACGCCAUACAUUAUAGUAACAGAAUGAUGUACUAAACUGUAACGUGAUCAUAUUAUAAAUUUAGCUUAUUUUGUAAAUAUCAUAGACAUCAGUGUUUCAUAGUCUUCUUUGAUAACAGCUCGUAUGUAAACGUUUUGUAUACCUUGUAAUAAUGUGUAUUUUUAAUUUUGUCGCCACUGUAGCUAUAUUAUUUUUUCUUUGACGUUAGGAAGGUGCUAUACUGUAAUGAAGGAUAGUAAAGAGACAUUUUUGCAAUGACUACGCAUUUUAUACUUUUACAGACUAGUCAAAAUUAUUUCCAAGUGGCGGCAGCUGACAACAUGUGGAAAUGUUUAAUUAAAUGUUUAUUAAGUGUAACAAAUUACCCUACGUACAUGUUAUAGAAAGCAUCAUAACAUCCUUACUUAUUUUAUAGUUCAGUUCUUAUUUGAAUAAAUAUAUUUGUAAUAUCA